GGUUGCAAAUAGUUUCAACAUGGUCGCCGCCAUAGGAAAAGUAACAGACUAACCCGCUUCAUAGUUACCGUGGUAACACAAAAUCGAAAGCGCAGUAGAACAGUCUUUGUGUUAUUUUCAGAUUUAAAAAAAAUCUGGAAGAGAGUGGGCUAUGGCAGUGUACUUUGACCAUCGUCUAGACAGUGCUGGGCCAUCUGACAUCAAUCGAGAUUUUGCUUGGAGCCAAGGGACCACUGCCCUGCUUGCAGUGGCGUCAGAAAGUAAUGGAGGUGGUGGGACUGUCAACAUUUUUAAUGAAGAGGGUGAAAAAAUUCAGCACAGACCUAUUAUCAACCAAGCCCAGGUGUGCAACUUAGCAUGGCAUCUAACACGCAAGAUACUGGCAGUUGGAUGGCAGACAGGGGAAAUCAUGAUUUGGAAUGAAGGCGAGCAGGAGCUGUUUGAAGCCCCUCACUUACACAAGGAGAUUGCUGUUCUGCACUGGAAUGCCAGUGGCACACACCUAGUUUCAGGUGACAAGUCUGGCUUGCUUUUGGUGUGGCGAACAAAUAUCCGAGGCAAUUUGGGUCCUGAACCAGCACAGCACCAUCUGCAGGAGCCGCUGGCUGUACUUGUCUUCAGACCUUCUCCUCCUCAAGACCCAGCAUUAGACAUAGCUAGUCUGGCACGGGCUGCUGUCAGUGGAGAUGAAAGUGCUUUGGACAUGUUCAACUGGAAGCGAAGCAGUAAGGGGACAAAAGUGUCAACAUCUUUUGCUAACCAGGAAUCACUGUCUUUCUUUGUUGGAGGCAGCACAGGUGGAGUCUAUUAUGUGAAUGAAAGUGCACAUUGCACACAGUGCUUUGGCCUGGACUACUCCAUUAUUAAGUUGCUGUACUAUGAGGAAAAAAACAUACUUGUGACAGUGACAGAAAAUCUUCUUCUCACACAGCACACUGUCUUGCCUGAGGGUGAGACAAAAGAAAUUCUUAAGGUCAAAAUGAGUGGACGCACAGAAGAGCCAUCCAUUGGUUGGGCAGGAAAAGGAAUACUAGCCACAGCAACUGGUGAACAGCUCAUUAGGAUGUGGGACUUUGAGCAAAAUGACAACUAUGUUCUAAAUCUUGAUGGCCAUAGCAGCUAUGACGCUAGCGAGACUCUUCUGUGUGUUAGCUAUAAUCCUGAGAAAGGUAUCCUUGCCAGUGGCACAAAUAUGGGUAAUAUUGCACUGUGGAAGUUCAUGUCGCCUGCAAGGGGACAUAAAGCUGAAGGAGCGGAACAGUGGAUUCUUAUGGCACCGGCAACUGUCGAGGGCCCUGUGAGGCAAAUAGAGUGGUGCACGCAUAAGGGUCUGAUGGCAGUGAACACCAUCGCUAAUGUCUUCAUCCUCAGUGAGCAUGUCAUGAGUGCGAGUUUUCACUCUCAAACUGCUGUUGUGCAGUAUGCUCCCAGCUCAUUAUCCAUUGAGUUAUUUCAGUCUGGUAGUUACCAUGAUCUCAAGACAGAUGUCCAAGUCAAGGGUGUCUACACUACUAAGGAUGCCCUGGCUGUGUGGAAUGGCAGAAGAGUCAUAGUGUAUGAGUAUACUGCUCUUAAGAUCAUGGGUUCCUUCCUCACAGAAGCCACAGUUAUAGCCAUUUAUGAACAAAAUAUAUACACUAUUGAGCAAAACAAAGUUCAGGUCCGAACAUUUCAGGGAACAGUAAAACAGCUGUUGACAUUUGCUGAGACAGAAGGUCACCCUGUUAGUCUUGAUAUUUGUGGCCAGUAUAUGGUUGUGGCCACCAAUGUUGGAAUUAUCCGUAUAUAUGAUCUAUCACGUCGAGAAGCCAAAGCUCAUGCAACUCCUAAGAACAUGGCAGAUGUUAUUCCUGCAUUUGGAACUGUUAUUAGUGCCAAGGUUAACUGCAAUGGCAGUCGCAUCAGCAUGCUUGUUAAGUGUGGGGAUGGAACAGACAGUGCCAAAUUGUGGAUCUGGGAUAUUGAGCUUGACACUGUGCAGUACUUCAACUUUUUGAGUGGGCGUGGAGAGCAGGAUGACUUUCCUUCACAGUCUACAGCAGAGGGAGAAGAGGACAAGGAUACAAAUGAUGCUGAGAGGGGAAAGAAUCAAGCAGCUAGGGACAUAGCAGGCCGAUUUCCUAUCUCUCACCACUGGGACCCAGAGGAGCCCAAGCUGCUGGUGUGUGAAGCCAAAUGUCUGCCUCAUCAGUCAUGUCAGGAUGAUAAGGAUUUGAAGAAAAAACCAUCGCUGACAAAGACAAUGGAUGAGGGCCCGGUGGAGACAAUGGUUGUGUCUCUUUUUUGUACUUCUGAGAAUGGGGUGCUAAUUCAAGACAGUUUUCCAAUGUCACCACAGUACAACACACUAUUGGGCAUUGAGGUUCCAUAUCUUACUUUGUCAAAAAGGUCAGUAAAUUCGUCUGAUGAUGAUGGUGGUGAUACUUCCAACAACCAGUUUGUUAACCCAGAGACAGGAGCAGUCACUUACCACAAGCUUGUUGCUCGUAAAAUUAUGCGUGACUUUGUUGGACUGGAAUCAAGUGACCGUGUCACCCGAGAUGCAAUGAUGAAUUUCAGUUUCCAUCUUACAACAGGCAACAUGGAUGAGGCUUUUAAAUCCAUCAAACUGAUCAAAAGUGAAUCUGUCUGGGAGAAUAUGGCAAAAAUGUGUGUUAAGAGUCGUCGACUUGAUGUGGCAAGCGUCUGUCUUGGCAACAUGGGUCAUGCACGAGGAGCCAAGGCACUUCGAGAGGCAAUGAAAGAGCCUGAACUGGAUGCCAGAGUUGCAGUUCUGGCCAUUCAACUUGGACUUUAUGAAGAUGCAGAACGGCUGCUAAAAAACUGCAAGCGCUAUGACCUUUUGAAUGAGUUCUACCAGGAUCAAGGCCAGUGGGGAAAGGCUUUAGAAACAGCAGAGAUGUAUGACCGUAUUCACUUGCGCACCACCUACUACAACUAUGCACGCCAUCUGGAGGAUCAUGGAAACACUAUUGGAGCCAUUCCAAACUACGAAAAGUCUGAGACUCACAGGUUUGAAGUGCCACGCAUGUUGGUGGAUGACUCUGAUCAGCUUGAACAGUACAUCAGUAAAAGCAAAGACAAGAAACUGCGACAGUGGUGGGCACAGUUUAUGGAGAGCACAGGAGACAUGGACACAGCCAUUCAGUAUUAUGAGACUGCCCAGGACUACUUCUCUCUAGUUCGUGUAUACUGCUACUGUGGUAACAUGGAGAAGGCAUCUAAAGUGUGCAAUGACACAGGUGACAAAGCAGCUUGUUACUAUUUGGCUCGUCAGUAUGAAAACCAAGAUCAGAUAAAAGAGGCAAUACAUUUCUUCACAAGAGCACAGGCUUAUGGCAGUGCCAUCAGACUGUGCAAGGAAAACAACUUUGAAGAUCAGCUAAUAAACUUGGCUCUUAUGGGACGACCAGAGGACAUGAUGGAGGCAGCGCGGUAUUUUGAACAGCGCCCUAACACAGUGGACAAAGCAGUUAUGUUGUAUCAUAAAGCAGGUAAUUUUUCCAAAGCAUUGGACCUGGCUUUUACAGCAAAGCAGUUUGGAGCAUUGCAGAUGAUCUCCAGUGAUCUUGAUGAGCGUGCUGAUCCGGAACUCCUUCAGAGAUGUGCAAACUUCUUUCUAGACAAUGGCCAGUAUGACAAGGCAGUGGACCUCCUAGCUAUGGGCAAAAAGUACUGGGAAGCAGUAAAGAUCUGCAUGGACCAACAUGUGGAGAUCACGGAGGACCUAGCUGAGAAGCUGACUCCAGGCAGACAGGAUGGGGCAGGGGAGGGGGAUGACAUGGAACGGCUGAAGCUGCUGGAGGCUGUUGCAGAGGUGUGCAUGCUGCAGGGCCAGUACCACCUGGCCACCAAGAAGUUCACGCAAGCAGGCAAUAAGGUCAAGGCAAUGAAAGCCCUCCUGAAAUCUGGAGACACAGAGAAGAUUGUGUUCUUUGCUGGAGUCUCCCGACAGAAGGAGAUUUAUGUCAUGGCCGCCAACUACCUGCAGUCUGUGGACUGGCGAAAAGACCCAGAGAUCAUGAAGAAUAUUAUAGCUUUUUACACUAAAGGGAGAGCACUGGACUCUCUGGCCUCUUUUUAUGAAGCCUGUGCACAGGUUGAAAUUGAUGAGUACCAGAAUUACGACAAAGCACUUGGGGCUCUUGGGGAAGCAUACAAGUGCCUGAGUAAAGCCCAGGGUGAGGAAGGAGUGAAAGAAGAUCAACUUGGCCAGCUCAAACAUAAGAUGACGCUCAUCAAAAGAUUUGUAUCUGCACGAAGACUGUAUGAUGAAAAUGCAGAGGAGGCGGCCAAGCAGUGUCAAGUACUUCUGGAAGAAGCUGAUGUGGACACUGCUGUUCGUAUCGGUGACGUUUAUGGCUUCUUGAUUGAGCAUUAUGCCCGCAAGGAGCGUUGGAAGGCUGCCUAUGCUAGUCUGGAGGAGAUGUGUGGCAAGAUGCCAAGCUCUCAGCUGGCAUACUAUGUGAACAUGAAGACCAUCAAAGCUAUACACCAGGCACUGAACAUCCCAAUGAAGAACUAUGGCUCAAGCAAUCGCAUUAAUGGCUUCAGCCGUGAGGGAGAAGAUGAAGAAGAAGGUGGCUUUGUCGAAGAAGAGGUGAUAGAUGAUGUAUAUUCUGCAGGUGACAAUGUUUGACAAAUAAGGAGGUGAGUUUCUCAGGAUACAGCUUUCUAGGAAAGAGGCCGGUGCUUACAGAGAUGACACUCAUAUGGAAGAGAAGUUCGAUUUCCAGGAUAUCUGCCAGUCAUUUGGCUAUGGAUUGUAUGUAUUCCGCUAUGCACUUUUCCCCAUGAGAGCAGGAAUCUCAUCUGAUCUAAUAGAUCUGAUCCCUUGUUCUGCCAUGGAGAGAAAAGUUAUUUUGGGAGUUGCCUUACUUUCUUUAUAGAAAAUUGGUUACAGAUUAUUAAAAUGAGUAUAACAAUUAUACUUGUUCGUGGGGAAAAAAGAGAUCAGCUUCUGUUAUAUGUAUCAUUUACAGUUUGAUGAAGUCAAAGUGUUGGAAAGUAGUUUAUUUGAUCUUUUGGGUAUUAUGCUAUAUGCUUCAUAAAAUAUAUUACAAUGCAAACAUUCUUUUGUGCUUGUACAAUUGUUGAAAUGAUAAAAAUAUUUAGGGAGGAUGACAAUUGUAUGUAGCCCUACAUUAGAAAGCAGCUAACAGAACAGAAUCAGCAUAUCUAUCUUUAUAAUAGCAUCACAAGGGCAAAACUAAAAGUGAUUAUUAUAUUUAUGGCAGAUAUUGUGCAAGAGAAUGAAAUUUAUUUAGGUCAUGGUGGUUUGCUUUAAAACUAGAGCAAGCAGAGAAAAUGCUAGAAGACGUGUGCUUAAAUUUAGUGGGUAAUCUUACAGUGGUAGGGGUUUUUUUUUCCCUCUUUAUGAAGCAGAUAAAUGUAUAUGAUGUUCAGUUAUAAGUGUUCUCAUGCGAACAUAUCACAGACACAUAAGGACUUGAGCCUUCUCAUGCUGGUCGUACAAACACAUCAGUGACAUAUUAAUGUUUAUAUUUUUACUGAGUUUGUAAUCUGUUGGAAUUCUUCAAAACUUUGACUGAAUGUCCAUUUGUCCAAUGUUUCUGAUGUAUGCUGUUUUUAGAAUGAUACAUUCAUGUGCUGGAUACCUGCAACUGCCCGUCCAGUUCUAAGUUUGUCUACAUCCCUGGUGUUUUAAAUUAUCCGUUCCAGUCAUUGGAUUUUCACCCUGUGUUAAAGAUAUCAAAGAAAACUAAUUUUUCAAGUAUGCUUGUGCAGAUGUAAGCAUGUUUUUAAUACACAUUCUGGUUACAUGCACAUCUUCAGAGUGCUUUUUAUUUUCUAAUAAAGGGUAUCAUGGGGAUCUUUUAGUUUUCUUUAACAGACUGAACAUUUUGUACCUAGGGGGUGUGUGUGGGAGGGCAUGCAUGCAUUUGUGUGUACACACAAGUAUUGGUUUUGGAGGAGACUGGCCUACACACACAUUCAAGAAAAUGCAUAAAAUAAUGCUGAGAGUUGAAGGUAUUAAGUAUUCUAUGUUUAGCCCAGAAAUUGUACUGCAUGACUUUUUCAUAUCAAUAAGUAAUUAGUAUAUCUACAUCAGUUUCAGAUUAACCCAUGCAUUUCAAAACAAAAACAUAUUUUAUUACAAUUAUGCUUUGAUUUAUAAAAUAUUCUGUCAAACUAAAUAUAUUAUUCCAGUAUGAUAUGAUUUUUACAUCGUUAUUUAAAUUUGUCAUAGUUUACCAUAUUUUUCUAAGAUAAAUUAAAAAUGCUUUUUUUUCUUGUGGGGAGGAAUGGGCUGUGAGAAAGAAGAAGUUACUGUGGGUUAAUAUGAGGUUUGUACUAUGAGCUUAUCUUACACUUUGAUGUGUCAGAAAGGUAUGACAGGCAGCCAUUAAUUUAACAUUGAUGUCAGAAUGUGCUGUGUUGGACUUACCUGUAAAACAAAAUGAAAGCAGCAACCAGCAUUUCAUAUCAAUUAACAUUAAACAUUUGCAUGAGGUUAAAUAUAGAUUGAUAGAAUGACAACCAGCACUUCAUAUCAACAUGAAACAUUACUUGCAUUAGAUUGAGUGAAACCCUAUACUUCAUAUCAAUGAACACUGAAAAUUAUUAACAUGUUAAGUAUAGAUUGAUAGUGGGAGUGACAAUCAGAGCUACACAUUAGCACUGUUAUUUUUCUAUUAUUGGUACCAAAUUGAUUGAUAUGAGUGAAAUAUUUCAGAUAUGUUUGAUCAAGUGUCUGUGUAAGUAUGCAUGCAGUUGUGCUCUGACAGUCUGUAUACACUGAUUAAGUCAUUUAUAGUGGCUCUGCUGUAUGAUCCAGGGUGGAUUGUAUAAGCUUUCAUAUUGCCCUCUUUUCCAUAACACAGUGCCAUCAGCCAACACUUUCUUUCACUCUCAAAAGUUAGGAUCACUUUCUACAAACAGCUGACACCAGUCCUCAUGCUGCCUGGCCAGAAAGGUUAAACGCUACUACAUGUGUGUGUUUAUAUGUGUGUGUAUGUGAGAGAGAUUGUGUAAAAUAAUCUGUAUUUGUGGGUGUGGAUAUAUAGAGAAAAAAGAGUUUAAAACAUAUCAAAGUUUAAGCUGACAUAUAUUAUCUACAAAUGCUUUUGAAAGCUUCUCACCUAUGCUUCACUAGAAAAGAGUUACUGCUGUUAACUGUGAUAAUAUUGUAUUGCCCAAGAACUCAUAUUCAGGGUGUUCGGCCACUCCACAGUCCUCAUAAAGUACCAUUCUAGUUUGUCAAUAAUGCUGAGAAAAAUGGAUUUCUCAAAAAAAAUGUUUCUCCAAAUAGACUUUUCUUUUGUUAAAAAUGUUUAGUAAGCGCUUAUUUUUCUGGGAAAAGAGGAUAAUGUGGCUCUGAAUAGAGAACUACAGAGACAAUUAAGUCAUUGGUUUAGGUUGUGCUUUUGCAUAGGUGGUUCUCCCUUAACAUACAUUAGUCUGUUGUCAUCUGUUGGUGUCAGCAACUGGAUCUAGAACUUAUUAUUUAAUGUCUUGUGUAUCUUGCAGCUAACUUCCUAUAAUGAAUUUUCUUGCUAGGAAAUAACAUUUUUUGUGAAAUGCAUGCUUUUGGCUAUUUAACCAUUAAAGAAAUACUGAAAUCAGGUGGUUUUGAUUAAACUUUGUUUUUAAAUUUAAAUCUUUACAAAGAUUGCAGAAAUGUUCUCACAUUUGUUUCUCAUGCACUGUGUAUAAUUUGUUGGCAAAAAUAAAUUGUUUGAAGAGGUCAACUGCUUUAUCGUCCAACAUCUGAAAAAUGUCACAUAUUUCAUGCAUGUUUCCAUCCUUCCACCAAAACUGCUGUAGUAAUUUCUUUGUGUUUUAGAAAAUAAACAUAAUUCUUACCUUGGA